GCAGGGCGGCACCCUGGCAACCGGGACCUGCGCGCCCACACGAGAGGUCCCCCAGCCUAGGACCGCCUCUGCCUCCGUUUCCGCCCUGUGCUCUCCAGAUCCUCCGUCACUGACUGCUCAGAGGGCAUGCUCACCACUUCCCUGAUCAUUUUCCCUUUUUAGGAUUAAGACUUCUUUCUGCCCAUCUUUUGCUAUUAUUCCCUUCCUCCUCCCUCUGACUUAGGUUGAUUUAUAGCUAGAGCUCAGGGAACUGCAUAUGUGACUGCUGAUGAGUCACGCAAAGCCCAUUAAAAACAAAGCUGAUUUUCCCAGAAGCCAUCAUUCAUUUGCAAGAGUCACCUUCCUGCUUGCUUCCUCGCGCCUGGCGCUGCUGUGGCGUGGCGGGAGCCCUGCCCCCCUGGGAGAGCAGAGGCAGGUUCAGUGGGGGCAGGAGGUUGGGAGGUGGUGAGAGCUGGGCGCUGCUCAAGAGAUGAGUUUGCAUCGCUGCUGCUUCUCUGGAUGCAAGAGCUACUUUGCGCCAACACAGACACAGAUUGUGCUUCCAAAUUCUGUGAUCUACUGAGUUCUUCAUUAUGUCUGAUGGAGACUAUGAUUACCUCAUCAAGUUUUUAGCUUUGGGAGACUCUGGUGUAGGGAAGACCAGUGUGCUUUACCAGUACACAGAUGGUAAAUUUAACUCCAAAUUCAUCACAACGGUGGGCAUUGAUUUCAGGGAAAAGAGAGUGGUGUACAGAGCCAAUGGGCCAGAUGGAGCCAUUGGCAGAGGCCAGAGAAUCCACCUGCAAUUAUGGGACACAGCUGGGCAGGAGAGGUUUCGUAGCUUGACAACAGCAUUCUUCAGAGAUGCUAUGGGGUUUCUUCUGCUUUUUGAUCUGACAAAUGAGGAAAGUUUCCUCAAUGUCAGAAACUGGAUAAGCCAGCUACAAAUGCAUGCAUAUUGUGAAAACCCAGAUAUAGUGUUAUGUGGAAAUAAGAGUGAUCUGGAGGACCAGAGAGUAGUAAAGGAGGAGGAAGCCAGAGGACUUGCAGAGAAAUAUGGAAUCCCCUACUUUGAAACUAGUGCUGCAAAUGGGACAAACAUAAGCCAAGCAAUUGAGAUGCUCCUGGACCUGAUAAUGAAGCGAAUGGAACGGUGUGUGGACAAGUCCUGGAUUCCGGAAGGAGUAGUGAGGUCCAAUGGUCACGCCUCUACAGAUCAGUUAAAUGAAGAAAAGAAGGGGGCAUGUGGCUGUUGAAAAAUCAAAGGAGAUACACAGUAUUUCAGGUGGCCUAUGCCUGUGAUCUUCUCUAUGGCUGAUACAUGACACAGAGAGAUUAACAGACAUUGUGUACACACGUCUCACCAUUCCAAUUAAGCCUAUUAAUAAGCAUCCAGUUUUAAAAGUAAUUUGCUGCAGCUUUGUAAAUAUUUCCUUAAGAUUCAGCCUGAGAGGAGAAAUAUUUCACAUAAGCCAAAAGUGCCUUAUAAAAUCUUAGCUCAUGGCAAUAGGUCAUUCAGGGAUUCAGGAUUUUGUAGCCACAGGAGAGUGAAUUUGUUACAUAGAAUGAACGAAGAUACUGUCAUUUGCCUUAACAAAGAGCCCCAGAGUCUCACAUUCAAGAUCUUAGAUGCAAUUAUGAAACUAUCAAUCUUUAAUUCAAAUUAAAAAACUCUACUUGUACCAUAGGUAACCUUCUAAAUGCCAUCAAAACCACUUGGAUAUUAAAUAAGAAUAUAUACAAACUUCUGUUCAAUGUCCUUGAGGAUUAAUUUAUGAAAGCGUUCUCUUUAAAAUGAAUAUGGACAAAUUAUGGCCAUUAUCUACAGACUCUGGAUAAACUGGAUUGACUGAUUAUUCACCCACUGUGACUCUAGUUGGUGGGAGAGGGAUUGUGGGGUAAGGAUAGGGAUAGUUUAAUGAAGUAUGAACAAUUGAAGUAGGGCUUCUGGCUUCCUCUAUAUUCCCGUUGCUCUGAAGGGUUGGUUGAAGAGUCAGAGAACUAGAUUUUUAUGGCUUUAGUUCACUGUGAUCUGUGCAUUUAUACAUGGCCUACAUACUGACCACAUGUGAACAUAGCUUUAUGCUGAAGUUAUUUGUGAUGUAAGUAAACAUUUAGCUCUUUUUCUUCAUAUUUAUAAUGUUAUUCUACAUCCUCAGACUGCAAUUUCAAUUAGCUUGUGAACUAAUAUUCUGUCUUCACCAUCAGGCUCUGUACUGUUGAUAUUUGCAAUAUGUUUUAUUUUUAAUGGUGAAAUUGAAGGAAUUUGAUUUUAAUUACAUACGAUGUCUGUUUGCUAUUUGGUGGAAGAUAGAUGUUUGUAUUUAAACAGCUUCAUUUGU